CUCCGCGGAAACCCAACACAGUUCCAUUCCCUGUGCAGGAAUAUUCAACCCAGACUGGAAUAACGCUUGUCAAGGCUAUCCUAUUGACAGAAUCUCCUUCUGUAUUUGAAGACGUUUCAAUGCAGAUCGGCUCCAGGCGUUGAUAAAUCGCGUCGGCUUUCUCCCUUUAACCGAAACAUACUGAAGGAUUUAAACAAAGAUCCUCAAGUCAAGGUGAUACCAUCUUCAUACGUGACCAUUAUUUUGAUGUCGCUGAAGACCAACACUUGAAUAUGUGUCUGCAUGGAUGCUAUACCACGAAAGACGACAUGUUUGAACCGCUAAAUUCCAAAUCUAACUGACAACGAAUAGCCUGCAAUAAUUCAUUAUAUAACUAGCAACGCGUUGUGAAAUUAACAAGGUAAACGCGAAGCGGAUGGUCUCAUAGAUGAGAACGAAUUACCAAUCAAUGGCUCAGGUGGAUUCCUUUUACAAGACGAAGGCACAUUAACAGGAAUCGGAUCGCUUCCUUAGAGUACAGUUCUGGACAUUUUUUUCACUUUCUCAUGUUCACGAUGCAGUUCCGGACAGUACAAGAUGUAAAAGUUGUGGAUGUGGAGAAGAGACGGAAUCCCUCUAAACAUUAUGUGUACCUCAUCAACGUCACCUACUCGGACGCCUCCUCCCAUGUCAUCUACCGUAGAUACAGCACCUUUUUUGACCUCCAGAUGCAGAUUCUUGACAAGUUUCCGAUUGAGGGCGGGCAGAAAGACCCCAAACAGAGGAUUAUUCCCUUCCUGCCAGGGAAAGUCCUCUUUCGUCGAAGCCACGUCAGAGAUGUAGCCAUGAAAAGACUGCGGCACCUUGAUGACUACUGCAGGGCACUUGUGAGACUGCCCCCCCGGAUCUCUCAGAGUGAGGAGGUCCUGCGCUUCUUCGAGACCAAGGCCGAAGACCUCAACCCCCCCAAAGAGGACUAUGGCAGCUCCAAACGCAAGUCAGUUUGGAUGUACGGGUUUCCGGAGAGCCCGAAGAAAGAGGUGCCAGGGGGAGACGGCUCGGACCCCAUGGUGCUGGAGCAGUACGUGGUGGUGGCCAACUACGAGAAGCAGGAGAACUCGGAGAUCAGCCUGCAGGCCGGAGAGCUGGUGGACGUCAUCGAGAAGAGCGAGAGCGGAUGGUGGUUCGUCAGCACAGUUGAGGAGCAGGGCUGGGUCCCAGCCACUUAUCUGGACUCUCAGAACGGCACACGCGACGACCUGGAGCUCAGCACUUCCAGGGCAGGAGAAGUCACAAAGCGGAGAAAGUCGCACCUGAAGAGGCUGGACCGCCGUUGGACCCUGGGUGGCUUUGUGAACCGGUCGCAGAGUCGAGAGGAGAAAUAUGUCACAGUGCAGCCUUACACCAGCCAAGGGAAGGAUGAGAUCGGGUUUGAGAAAGGGGUCAUCGUGGAGGUCAUCCAAAAGAACUUGGAAGGCUGGUGGUUCAUCAGAUACUUGGGGAACGAGGGAUGGGCCCCCGCAUCGUACCUGAAGAAGGUGAAGGAGGACUUCUCCCCCCGGAAGAAGACGCUCUCCGGGCCCGUGGAGAUCAUCGGGAAUAUCAUGGAGAUCAGCAACCUCCUGAACAAGAAGGCUGUGAGCGAGAGGGACGUGUACGCAGAGCCUGAGGCCCAGGAGGUGCCCCUGAGCAGGCGUGAGAUCGGCCGCCCCGUGCCCUGCGAGGACCCCAGCAGCGGGGCAGCGCUGCAGGACAGCAGGGCGUCCCCCGCCAUCGCCCGAGUCACGCCUCACCGGGUGGAGUUCGGUUCCCCAAACCUCCGUCAGAAGCCGCCACCUCGAAGAGAUACUAGUCUGGGGUUACUGUUACCAAAGCCUCCAGAGCCCCCUACUGUAGAAGCGGAGUACUACACCAUUGCAGAAUUCCAGUCCGAGAUAUCGGACGGGAUCAGUUUCCACGGUGGACAGAAAGCUGAUGUCAUUGAGAAGAACUUGGGGGGAUGGUGGUAUGUCCAGAUUGGGGAAAAAGAGGGUUGGGCUCCUUGCUCCUACAUCGACAAGAGGAAGAAACCCAACCUCAACAGGAGGACCAGCACUCUGACCAGACCCAAGGUCCCGCCCCCAGCCCCGCCAAUCAAAAAGCAGGACUCCGAGGAUGCCGCCCCUCCAGGCAAACCCGUCGCCGAGGCGACGGAGCCCUCCGGCAGACCCGUGUACGAGGAGCCGGAGUACGACAUUCCGGCCAUCGGGUGCGACCUGGACUUCGACCUGGACUUCCUGAAGGGACAGUUCUCGACCAUGAACGCCCGGAGCGAAAACGCGUCCUUAAAAAGGGUUUCCCACCCGUCCUCGAAGUCCUCUCCCGCCUCAUCCCUCUGGAGGCGCUCCUUCAGGUCGGGCGAGUCCGUGGAGGAUGUGGGGCGGGAGGAGUGCGUGUACGAGAACGACGGCUUCCGGCCGCGGCGAGAGGACAGGGAGUCUGGCGGCGAUUCCGACUCGCCGAAGUCCAGCCCGCGAUGCGCCGCGCGCAUGGCCUCACACUGCUCCCCGCCGGGCGGCCGGGGGGUGAAGAGGGUGCAGUCCCGCACGCUGCCCCUGCCCAAAAGCGAGGGUGCCACGCGCCGCUCCCCCUGCCUCGAGCCUGUCCGCGCGCUGGCCAAGAACCCGGGGCUGCGGAAAGAUCUGGAACCUCAACCCAGCCCGAGCUCCGCCACCAAACCCAAGCCUGUGGUCAGACCCAAACCCCUCCUGACCAAGUCCGAGCCGCAGAGUCCAGAGAAGAUGGACAUCGGCGCCCUCCGCAGGCAGCUCAGGCCCACGGGCCACCUGCGGCCCGGUCUGCGGACCUCCAGGGGAGAAGACUCUGAGACCGCCUCGGUGGUCUCCUCUGAGGAUUCAGCCUCGUCCCGAAGCAACUCGGACCUCUCCAGCAUCUACUCCAAGGGGAGCAGGAGGGAUUCGGAUUUCGAGGCCUGCUACUACAGGGCCACGAACGGCUACGAGAAACUACAGAGCUCUGAGAUUAGCCUCGCGGCGGGGGCGGAGGUGGAGGUCCUGGAGAAGCAGGACAGUGGCUGGUGGUACGUACGAUGCGGGGACGUUGAAGGCUGGGCUCCCUCGUACUACCUGGAGCCGCUCAGGCCACAGUCGGACGGGGCCAGUUCAGGGUCCGACGGGACCCCCUGCAAACCGGGCAGCCUGAGCAAGUCCAACAGCCUGGAGAAGAAUGAGCAGCGGGUGCAGGCUCUGAACAACCUCAACCAGAGCCUGCAGAGGGCCGUUACCCUGGCCGCGGCCUCGCCCCCCAUCCCGGACAAGCCCCCUGGAGACUUCGCCAAAGCCGGCGGCCCACCCUCCUCCCCCGCCGUCACCGCCAACGGCUCGGUGAAGAUGCGGAACGGGGUGCGGCAGCUGGCCGUCAGGCCCCAGACCGUCUUCAUAUCGUCCCCCGUCAAGGACACCAACCUCCUCACGGGCUCCCUGCGGAGGAACGAGUCGCUCAACCCCUCCGGCAUUACCGCCGUGCGCCGAAACUCCUCCUUCGGCACCGUACCGGCCCAGGCCCGCGACGACAGCCCGGACCGGCGGGACCUGACGGGGCUGGUCGGGGGCUGCACGCAGCGAAAUGCCAUCCCCGUAUCCGCCGUGAGGCCCAAGCCCAUCGAGAAGGCCCACCUCAUCCACAACAACCUCCGAGAGGUCUACGUCACCAUCGCCGACUACCGCGGGGACAAGGAGACCAUGGGCUUCUCGGAGGGGACCUGUCUGGAGGUCCUGGAGCGGAACCCAAACGGGUGGUGGUACUGCCAGGUGCUGGAAGCAGGGCGCUCCCAGAAAGGCUGGGUGCCCUCAAACUACCUGGAGAGGAAGAACUAGCACUUUUCGCUAACGUUUCAAAUACAUUCUUAUUUUUUAAAACAAACGUCAAUGCAAAACUGUUAAAAUAUUUGAAAAAGACACUUUCGGAGAUGGUUUAUUAAAAAGGUAUGCAGUAUGAGAGGACUUAAAUGUUCUUUGUUAUAUUCGCUUGAAAACUGAGUGAACAAGUGGAGCAGGCACUGUAGUGUCUUAGGGGGGAGAAUUGCUAUCGGUAUCAAGGUUAAAGGAGGAUAUUUGUGUGAUAUUUUUUCUGAGCAGGGUCAUUCUAUUAUCCCUAAUAUGGGUGCCUUUUGAUGACCUUAAACAGAAUGAAUACAUUGAGGAAUUGAGGAAACAUACAUGCAAAUGGCGAGGAAUCAAAAACUUUUCUGUGCAAUGCAAAGAAAAAAUAUCCAAAUGUUUGAAGAGAACAUUUGUGCAGGAAUUGGAUUAAGCUUUAUUGAUAAAUGUUUGUCAACUAAAUGCAAUACUGAGAUUGGGGUUGUCGUGGCUCAGCAAAUCCUUCAGUUCUUCUCUCGAAACUGUGUGUGUUCUCUGUCUGGUGUAUCUCAGCUUUAGUCUUGUGACUUCCACACUCAGCAGCCAGCAGCCAGCCUGAAUCUGAAGCUGUGUAUUAUUGCACUUCUCAGAGGUUUAUGUGUAAAGCAGUGUAGCUGUAGCUGUUAAAUGGACUUUUAGCUGUUACAGCUUCCAAUCAUUGAAAUCUGACCAAUUCUCAUCUGAUAUUGAGAAACAAUACAAGGAAGAACACACACAAAGACAGUAAAAAAAAAAAUCUAGUCAGCAAAUUGUCCAUUGCUGACCUGAGCUUUACUUUUUGUUUUUUCUUACUUUCUUCCUUGUUAUGCACUCCCAUUACAUGGAAGCAUCAGUGUUGGAGAUAGUGUCUGUUGGAAGUUUAGUGGGAACACAGAGCAGUACUGGAAAUUAGAUUUCAGCUUUGCCAACCAGGGAUGUAGUCACAUUCAGCCAGAAAUGUGAUCCACACAAAUCAAGAGCAACAAUGCAGAUUUCAUAUGUAGUGCUAUAUGCCUACAAAUGAAAUGCUAAUGAUUAUGAAUUGAUUUUGGAGUUUUAAUAUUGCUGUGCAGUAUUCGUUAAAUUAGCUACAUUUCCUGGCAAGUUUACAUUGAUAUUUUGUAUGACUAUUUAUAUUAUUCUAUUAUUUAAAGCAGUAUGGAAAAGAUAACCCGAAUCAGAGCAAUCAAUCAAAAAUGAGUUAUGUCAAUGCAUACCUGGGGACUCUUUCUGGUUUCUUGGUUUUGAGCCAAUUUUAAAACCAGAAGGCUGGGAUAUUACUCAUAUUAUUAUUUUAUGUUAAUCACAUGUUUUUUAUUUUAUUUACCAAAGCACGGAAUGACUUAAGCCAAUUCAAUUGGCUGAUGUUCAAGACUGCCAAAAUAUUGUCUCACAAACAGUAUAACAAACUCUGGGUUUAAGCACAAACUUUUUAUUUCUGCUGGGCAGUAUUAAAUAUAGCAUUAGACAAAAGAAUUUUAAUUUGCAGCCCUGUUUUAUUGAGUAAAAAUAGUUACUUUAUGUAACUGCACAUGAACAACAACGAUAGCGUAAUUUUUGGAAAUAAAUGCACUUUAAAAUCUUGUCAAAUCUGGGUGCAUUACUUAAAGGUGCAGUAUAAUUAUUCCCAAUCACAGUAAUAUUAUUUAUUGGAUUUCCUUUUGGUUUUAUUAAGUGUUUAAUUUACUUUUCAAAUGGUCCAUUGUACUUUUGUGGUCCAAAAGUAGCUCAUAUUAUGUCAGUGCAUUGGCAAGUCAUUUUAAUUUGGGCAGAUAUUCAGUUGCCUUUCCAAGUUUCAAAAGUAACUUUUGUGCAACUUGCUCAGACCUUUAUUAUUUUUCCAUUGAUAUGCAUUCAUUAAUGGAAUCUGUGAAAUAAUGCCCUCUGGGGAUUAAUAGCUGUCACUACAGAUGCAAUGCCACUGUGCUUCCAUUGAAACAAAACAAGUAUAAAAUAGCUGGAUACAUUUCAUAUUUCCUGACUACAAAAUAAAAAGUUACUAAAUAUUAAAAUGCUUAUUUUUAUUAGGCCUUUAUUGGUGAUAUGAUCCCCCCCCCCCCCCCCUUCUCUAAAUUGUAUGUUCUUUAUCCAAGGCUGUACUGCUGGGUUAACAAUACUGAACACUUCUUACAGUAUAUCAUUGUGUGACUUUAUAUAAUGCCUGAUUGCUUUGUUUGCCAAUUUGUGUACAUAUUGUGACAUGCCAAAUCACACGUAAGAUUAGCAGAACUGACUUGGGUGUGAAUAGAUUCCAGUGCCUGGUGUUUCUCUCACAGUUCCACUCAAAGCAAUGAGACUCACAUUUAUGAUGCGUUGUUAAAUACAGCUUGUGUAAUGAUUGGAUCUCAUUUGGACUUUCUACCAUGGUCAUCAUAAAGAUUGAAGUUACAUUUUUGUAUGAGGAUCCUGUGUAAUUUUUGAACUUCUGUUGAUUUAAACAUGAACUGGAAAAUA